AUGGACAACGAUCGACCCAAUGCAGCUCGAAAGCUGCCGCAGACGUCGGCAAACUUCUUUGUGGGCACCAACUCCAGGGUGCCACGCAUGACCUUGGCGCAGUCUUCGCAUAUCAUCCCCAUACCGACGGCAUUGUCACCAACAUCCCGACAAACUUCCAACGUAGUCCUCAACAGACUCCAAGGCUCCCCCUUUCUCAGCUCUCCAACAUCGGCAAAGAGUAUAACCUUUCCGCGAAGCGCCUUCAGCGAAGGUGGCAAGGCGGCAAAAGCCGCCCAAUUCUUUUCCUCUCUCACCGAUAUAGCCGAAUCGGCAUCCCACGAUCUAGCACGGACCUCACAGGGCCCAUCACAACCAGAUCGAGGAAUCGUACGCCCAUGGAUCGCGGACAAGGGUCCGAGCCCAGUGCCGAUCAGGGCAAGAGUAUCGUCCGAUGUGCUUCCCGCGGCUGGCUCAGUAGACCACCGUCGAUUCGAGCCGAAUGCGAAGCGAUCGUUGGGGUCCACAUCAGCUCCAGAGACGCCUUCGCAGCCUUUCAUUCCUGAACGCCAGCGCGCGAUAUCGCAGCCACAUGUACCCAAGCCCGGUCCCUUCUUGGCGUCUAGUACCCUCCCUCGAGUGACAGCCGAGAAGGCAAUAGACGGUGUUGUCCAGCUUCCACUAGGCGGGCCUCGGGCUUCGCCGACGUCAUUGACAUCCGAUUGGUCUGGCUACUUCGGGACUGGAAGGGCCCAAAUUGCCUCGAAAGCACCGCCAUUGCAAGAGAGGGACUAUGACGUGGCUUCAAUAGGUGCAGAGAGUAGACCGACGCUGGCUCCCGAAUCUGCGUUCUCCGACGCAACUGCACCUUCUGUUUCGCCCGACGUCCAAACCUUUGCAGUGCAACAGGCAGGGCUCGACUUGCACCAGCAGGGCAACACGGUCAUCGAUAAACGUAUUCCGUCACCAGACGAUCCAUCUUCUUCCUCGUUGCCGAGCGCUACUAUGCCUCUGCGGGGCAGCACCUCUCCAAUACAUCUUCCACCCUCGACACCACCUGCUCGCACUCCAACGCCUCUCGGUGCUGCUCACGGAAUUGACGGGCCCAUCGACAGUGUUCUCAAGGCAUGGACCGACACCUUGGUCCUGGCAGACAAGCCUUUGGAGGAAAGUUUGCCGACCUCGUCAAGUGCAGCAUUCGCUGGAGACACGAGCUCCGCAAGCAUUCAAAGACUGCCUGAGGAAGUGGGAGACGAGCACGACAUCGAUCCAGAACAGACCCGCGAGAAUGAAUCGAGGGAGGAAGGCGAAGCGUCAGGGUUCAUGGGGAUGGCUGCGUCCGGCGAUAUGGAUCGCAUUCAACCUUCAUCACACGACCAGGAAGCCGAAAUAGGCCCAGAGGCUGUCUCUGAGGAGUCCCAAUCUCAUGAUCUGGAAGAUGGAGCCGAGGUCGCCCUCGGCGUCAGCGGUACCAGCAAUUCUGCCAGAGCUCAGCUCGACUGGCCGCUUCCAGACUCCGGAGAGCUGCGUCGUGAUACGGCUUCCGGGUUACCAUUCCUGACAGAAGAUGCCGUUCUCUACGAUCUGAUCGAUGAGAUCGCGAAGCCCGAAGCCGGUCUUGAGCGCACCAUACCGCACAACUCUCGGCUAGAUCGAACCGCGAGUUGGAUUCAAUCCACUUCCACCUUCGCCGAGGAGGACGCAGGGGCAGCAACUCUACCAGGCGGAGAUCAUGAUCAUCUUGACAACCUCUCCGUGGCAUACGGCAUCACGUCGGAAUCCGCAGACUUGAACGAACGGUCUGAUACGCCUCCAGUGAUCUUGCCCACCUCGCCCUCAUCCGCAGUCCACGACCAAACUUACGUGCAUCUCAAAGACGCCGUUCUUUCCACACCUGAAGUACAGCCGAGACGAUCUUCCGGACUCGCACAACCACUCGACUUGCCUGUCACUACCGCAGUGGAUGCCAAACAAGAUCGCGACAAUCGGGUCGAUGGACGCUCGUCUCGCCCUCCUUCGAGGCCGCACGGCUCAAAGAUCGGCAGAUCAUACUCGCAACGUGAACGAUCAAACACCGUCGCCGGACAGCGGGCCAGACAUAUUCCCGGUCGCCUCAAAAUACCGGGCUUGAAGUCAGAGACUGUUAAGCGACAACAUCGUCAAAGUCUCGAAUUGCUCCAUCAGCGCAGAGCUCGCCAUGCGAAUGCUAAUGAAGUCAUCUCACCCGAAUAUGCGACGGUGCGUUCUCCUCGCGAGGCUACGACCGAGCGCUCGAGCAACUUCAACGAUAUGCUAGGCUUGUGGGCAAAGAGCCUCGGGACUGGACCGGAGGGAAGUGCAGCUCAAGCUCCAAGUCCUCAAAGGCAACGUGUCGGACAGGCAAUCAGAGACUGGGACGAGGUCGGGUCUGACGAGGACGCAGAGACUGCUUCGGUGACAGUCGGCAAGCGCAUGGUGCUCAGACGCUUGUCCGACCUUGCCAUACACCCCACUCCGCAUCGCCAGGCUCGGCCACUACCAGGCAAGCUGCCUCGAGGAUCAUAUAAUUCGGACGAACAACAAGAACCGAAAGGUCUCAUUCGACCGUUGCGCCGAUUCCGGCCAGAACAGACAAGUGACACUGAUGGCCAGUCAACCAGACCGUUGCAUCGUCAGGGUAAGCCGCAUGAGCCGAAGAAGUCGGCGCACCACAACCAACCCGACCUGUUCCCUUCUGACAGCACCAACACUGUCGAGCGGGAGCCAGUCCGUCUGCCUCCUCGUGCGAUGGUGCUUGAGGAUCACAUAGCAUCGAUCAAGAACGGUCGUCCAGUCAAGGUAUCCGCUGUGAGUCAACCUCAGAAGUGGUCGACGUCAAGGACGAACGCGACAUCGGAACAGGAGCCCCGACCCAUCGCUGCAAAUCACCGCAACCUCUCAGCGGAUUCGCUUUCGACAAGCGUCGGCGCCGGAUCACUCAAGCCGUUGAGGCUGCAGAGCACUCGAAGCUCUCCCGGCACCUCGCGAGGUCCAGACACCAGCGCGACGACAACUUCUCCAUUCACCGUUGCCUCCGAAGCUUGGACUCCCAACACGAGCCAGCCUGCCAUCUCGGCCGAGGCGAACGCGACCAGGAUUGACACAACUGCUGGCUCAAGGCUGCGAUCGCCCGUACCAGACCUUUUUGACAUCCAGUCGUCUGCUGGAGCGAUCGGAAACCAUACAGUCGAGAGGGCGACACCUAGACUCUCGUCACGUCCAUCAACGCGCGAUCAGCAUCGAUCUUCCAGCCGUGCCAACUCGCACUCGCUCGACGAGAUUGCUGCUACCGAGCGUUCGCCAUCUCGCAAUUUGCCGGCAUCUCAAGCGCGACCUGGUGUCUAUCUGUCCCCAUACACUCGUAGCUUAGGGUCUCAUCCCCCUUCGAGCCCAAGAAGCUCGCAGAACGGAGCUCAUCGCGAGUCGGUCACGCCAGCUCACAGCGCCGACAUGCCAAUGCCCGGUUUCGAGAUCAGCUUCUCACUUCAAGAGCCCAAGAUGGCACCGCACGUUCAGGCAGGCACGCUGCUCGAGCUCGGUUUCCGGGUUCACAUCAAGCCGACUGGCGGUAAUCACUCGGAACGGCCGUGGAGGUUGGUCCCUCCUUCGCCGUCACGAGCUGAUCCGAUUCAGCGUCGCACUCCACAUGUGAACCCGGAACAGUUCGAAUACAGCCACCUGACCACCACCCAGCUGGCCAAAGUGCAAGCUGAAGCGCAGGAACAUCUGUUGCGCAACAUCGAUCUGUCUGAGCCCCGCGGGCAACGCAGCGCCCGGGGCUCCUCUCCGCUCUCGACGCCGUCCAAGGAACGUCUCGAGCCGCGUCGCUCUCCAUCUCUCGCAACGGAGACGCUGGACGCACCUUCACCGUCCCGCUCCACCCGGGGCCCAUAUCGCGAGAUGCUCCUACCCAAAUCCCGCCAACCCUCCAUUUCGCGCUCUACCACCGAAUCAAGCAUUCUCACACCGGCAGAACUCGCCUCGCCCCUACCCAAAAGAUCGUCCGGUACCGCCUCCCCACUGCCCUACAUCAAACGCGCCCCGCCCAGAAAGGGGACCGUUUCAACCGUCAUUUCGCAUCCAUAG